UCCCCGUCCCGAGUGCCCGACGGCCCCGCUCAUUCAUUGCCCCUUCUCGGGCUCCUCGGUGCCCCGCGCGUGCUGUCCGACGGCCGUCCCACUGUCGUGCUCUGCUCCGCCGGCUGCGCGGCUCCCGUCCGUGACUUGUGCCCGUGUCGCCGCCCGUGUCCCCGCUGUCCGAGCGAGCGCACGUUUCCCUGCUCGCUCGGGCUGCUCACUCCCGCGCCCCGCCCUGGCUGCCCCUUCCCGGGGUGUUUGAUUUCUCGUUGGAUCGGCGUUUCCCGAACAAGACGAUGGGCGGGUGCUGUCCUAUUCUCCCGAUCACUUCCAUUGCUUUGGCAUAGUCUUUCCUGAGCGCCCCCCUCUACCCCUGUUCGCCUGCCCCUUUCUUUCUCCAAGACAGACUUUGCUGCUUAAAGAUGUUGCCUUCCUCCGCCUCUUGGCUUCAGCACCCUUUUCCAGCUCCCCUCGUAGGUCUGUGCGUCUCCCCGACCCAGCCCAUACUCACCCUAGUGCUGCCUGCCCCUCUCAGGACGGCCGGGCGAGACUCCUCAGGGACCUCUGUAGUGAGCGUCUCACUUCCCUUCCAGUUCAGUUCUGAAAUUCGCAAUUGAUUGUGCCUCCCAAGCUGACAUCUUCACUUUCUGCAUUUAAUCUUGCAGCCACAACAUUGAUCACUCGUGAAUAGAUUUAUGCACUUGGGAUCUAGGAAUUCUGGUUUUGAUGACAAUUUUCCCGCAUAGAAAAAAGUCCCUUUCUGUUUCUCUUUUCUGUUUUCACAAUCUGUUGGCAUCUUCUAUUUUUUUGUUCUGUUCUGUUUUGUUUUUUGGUACUGGGGAUCCAACUCGGGACCUUGCGCUUUCGAGGCAGGCGGCAGAACCACUGAGCUAAAUCCCUGGCCCCAUGUUUUCACAAUCUGAAAAAAUAAAAUACUUCCAUUAUUGGGAAGACGAGGGGGUCCUAGAGUUUAUGAGCAUUUGUACUCGUGCAUGUAGGAAUUAUAGCCCCCCCAUAGCUAGUAGGGCAGUCUUAUGAUGAGUCCAGUGAACUAAGUCCAGCAAUCUACGACUAUGCCAUGCUGCCUCUAAUACCCGCUUUUUCUCUUCACAUGCUGAUAUUGAGGAUUCAUGGGUCUUGAGUCGGAGCACCAGCCGUGGGGACCCUGGAGUGGUGUCAUGGAGACUGAGAGUGAGCAGAACUCCAGCUCCACCAAUGGGAGUUCCAGCUCUGGGGCCAGCUCUCGGCCCCAGAUUGCACAGAUGUCCCUGUACGAGCGGCAGGCCGUCCAGGCUUUGCAGGCGCUGCAGCGGCAGCCCAAUGCGGCUCAGUAUUUCCACCAGUUCAUGCUACAGCAGCAGCUCAGCAAUGCCCAGCUGCACAGCCUGGCUGCGGUCCAGCAGGCCACGAUUGCUGCCAGUCGGCAGGCCAGCCCUCCCAACACCAGCACUGCGCCACAGCAGCAGCAGCAGCAGCAGCAGCAGCAGCAGCAGCAGCCGCAGGCGACCACCACCCAGGCCUCAAUCAAUCUGGCCACCACCUCGGCCGCCCAGCUCAUCAGCCGUUCCCAGAGUGUGAACUCUCCCAGCGCCACCACCUUGACCCAGUCUGUGCUGCUGGGGAACACUACCUCCCCACCGCUCAACCAGUCCCAGGCCCAGAUGUAUCUGCGGCCACAGCUGGGAAACCUAUUGCAGGUAAACCGGACCCUAGGCCGGAAUGUGCCUCUGGCUUCCCAGCUGAUCCUGAUGCCCAACGGGGCGGUGGCUGCGGUCCAGCAGGAGGUGCCCUCUGCUCAGUCCCCCGGAGUUCAUGCAGAUUCGGAUCAGGUGCAGAACUUGGCAGUGAGGAACCAACAGGCCUCUGCUCAAGGAGCCCCGAUGCCAGGCUCCUCCCAGAAGGCCAUUCCUCCAGGAGCCUCUCCCAUCUCUGGCCUUUCCCAGACCUCGAACCAGGCGCUCGCUGUGGCACAGGCUUCUUCGGGUGCCUCCGGCCAGUCCCUCAACCUCAGUCAGGCUGGUGGAAGCAGUGGGAGUAGCCUCGCAGGGUCCCUGGGUCCAGGUGGAGGUGGCCAGGCCCCUGGGGGUUUGGGUCAGUUGCCUUCCUCAGCCAUGGGCGGAGCAGGCUGUCCCAGGAAGGGCACAGGAGUAGCCCCGCCCCUGCCAGCAGCCCAGACAGUGACUGUGAGCCAGGGCAGCCAGACAGAGGUGGAAAGCGCAGCGGCCAAAAAGGCGGAUGCGGACGGGAGUGGUCAGAGCGUGGGCAUGAACCUGACGAGGACGGCCACCCCUGCCCCCAGCCAGACGCUCAUCAGCUCAGCCACAUACACACAGAUCCAGCCCCACUCGCUGAUCCAGCAGCAGCAGCAGAUCCACCUCCAGCAGAAGCAGGUGGUGAUCCAGCAGCAGAUUGCCAUCCACCACCAGCAGCAGUUCCAGCACCGUCAGUCCCAGCUGCUGCACACAGCCACACACCUCCAGUUGGCCCAGCAGCAGCAGCAGCAGCAGCAGCAGCAACAGCAGCAAGCCACAACCCUCACUGCCCCUCAGCCACCACAGGUCCCCCCUACUCAGCAGGUCCCACCUUCCCAGUCCCAGCAGCAAGCCCAGACGCUUGUGGUUCAACCCAUGCUUCAGUCUUCACCGCUGUCUCUUCCACCGGACCCAACCCCCAAGCCGCCCAUCCCCAUCCAGUCCAAGCCACCCGUAGCACCUAUCAAACCUCCUCAGUUAGGGGCUACGAAGAUGUCCGCUACCCAGCAGCCGCCACCCCAUAUCCCUGUGCAAGUGGUGGGUACCCGGCAGCCAGGUACGGCCCAGGCGCAGGCUCUGGGCUUGGCACAGCUGGCAGCUGCUGCCCCUGCUUCCCGGGGGAUGCCAAGUCCAGUGCAGCCGGGCCAGGGCCACCUGGCCUCCUCCUCGCCUUCGUCUCAGGCUCCCGGUGCACUGCAGGAAUGUCCUCCUCUGUUGGCCCCUGGGAUGACCCUUGCUCCUGUGCAGGGGACAGCACAUGUGGUAAAGGGUGCGGCCACCACAUCUUCACCUGUGGUUGCCCAGGUCCCUGCUGCCUUCUACAUGCAGUCUGUACACCUGCCGGGUAAGCCCCAGACGCUGGCUGUGAAACGCAAAGCUGAGUCUGAGGAGGAGAGAGAUGAGGUCUCCACCUUGGCUUCAGUGCUUCCUGCCAAGGCGUCUCCUGCCGCAGAGAGCCCAAAGGUCGUGGAGGAGAAGAGAAGUUUUGCGGUGUGUUCUUGUCUUGCAGAGAAAGCUGACCCAGGGACCAGUGUGAAUGCCAGCGCCCCCAGCAGUGAGCUCAUAGCCCUGGCCCCGGCCCCAGGAGCCCCACCUCCAUCACUGGCCAUGGUGUCCAGACAGGUGGGAGACUCGAAACCCCCGCAGGCCAUUGUGAAGCCUCAGAUUCUCACGCACAUCAUCGAGGGCUUCGUCAUCCAGGAAGGAGCAGAACCUUUCCCGGUGGGUUGCUCUCAGUUACUAAAGGAGUCUGAGAAGCCACUACAGACUGGCCUCCCAGCGGGGCUGAGUGAAAGUCAGUCAAGUGGCCCCCUGGGAGGGGACAGUCCUUCUGGCGAUUUGGAUAAGGCGGCAAACCUCCUGAAAUGCGAGUACUGUGGGAAGUACGCCCCUGCAGAGCAGUUCCGAGGCUCUAAGAGGUUCUGCUCCAUGACUUGUGCUAAGAGGUACAAUGUGAGCUGCAGCCACCAGUUCCGGCUCAAGAGAAAAAAAAUGAAAGAGUUCCAAGAAGCCAACUAUGCUCGAGUUCGUAGGCGUGGACCCCGCCGCAGCUCCUCUGACAUCGCCCGAGCCAAGAUCCAGGGCAAGCGGCACCGGGGCCAAGAGGACUCCAGCCGGGGUUCAGAUAAUUCCAGCUAUGACGAAGCACUGUCCCCUACGUCUCCUGGGCCAUUGUCAGGACGAGCUGGGCAGGGAGAUCGUGACCUGGGGAACACCAUUACCGCACCCCCGACACCUGAAUUACACGGCAUAAACCCUGUGUUCCUGUCCAGUAACCCAAGCCGUUGGAGUGUAGAGGAGGUGUACGAGUUCAUUGCUUCUCUCCAAGGCUGCCAAGAGAUCGCAGAGGAGUUCCGUUCCCAGGAGAUUGAUGGACAGGCCCUUUUAUUACUUAAAGAAGAACAUCUUAUGAGUGCCAUGAACAUCAAACUGGGCCCUGCCCUUAAGAUCUGCGCCAAGAUAAAUGUCCUCAAGGAGACCUAAGGUGGCUGUUGGACAGAGUGGCCGAAGGUGGACACUCCCCACUAUCCAGGUUACAACCUGGAGCCAGCAGACUUUGCAGGGAGGAAAGCUGUUCCAAUUAUGUGACCUUCUGGAGGGGGAUUACUGAGCAGGAAAGAGAAGUGUAAGAACUGGUUGCUGGUGCUACGUGGUGGCAGCUUUGACAUUUUCUCUGGGUUUCAUUUUAUUUUAAAAAAUCUUUAUAAUUCUUACCAUAUCCACCUGCCCUAAUGCAAUCUUCACAAAGAGGCAGUCUAGAGAACCAGGACAGCCCAGCCUUUUCCUGGAGUGGAGCAUCUAGCCAGGAUCUCAGUUCUCCAGAAGAGGAAUGUGCUAUAUGGUAAGGCAAGGAAGUGGGUGGAAUGUAGGUUUGCCUCCCCAGGGGCAGAGGUUGGGUUUUUCUAGCUCGUGUGACACGAACAGCAAAAUCUGGUACUCACCCUCUCCCCUCGGGAUUGUCCCACGGUAGCUGUGGCUCAGUUUUGUUAUCACCUAUUCCCUUAGUAUUGAGUAUUUCUCCUGCAUUCAUGGCAGGGUCACCAGCUGGUGUAGGCUUGGUUGGCAUCUUUCUGAUUUGCCACAGGGACUAAAAGCAUUUGACUGGCACACGUGUGGCUAUUGUCAUUCUUUCUGCAUCCCCCUGCUUCCUUCCAAUUUUCUGUUUUCUUCUACUCUCUCUUUUCAAUUCCAACCUCACUGUCCUAUAGCUUUAUAAACACAUGUGUGUGGGUCCAAGGCCAGGAUUGUAAGUACCUGCCUUAGGCACUAUUCCUUAUACAACAAAAUAUUAAAGUAUUUUUUCUUCCUCAGUAAAAGGAUGAAAAUUGGUCUCAGUUGUCUCUUACUCCAUGUAGUCUUCUCUCUCACACAAAUGAUUAGGCCAACAUGUUUUGUGUUUUUUAAUCAUUAAGUGUUUUUGUACAAAAAGUGGUAUACCUUUUUUCAUUUUAAAACACCAGGAUAUGGGGGAAGGAUGCAAAUAAUAAA